AUGAGUCCAGUAUUGAAAAGGUUUUUAAAGCCGAGGCCUAUAAUAUCGUUAAGAUUUCAUUCUUCGGGCCAGUCACAGUCAAUUAAUACGUUCCAAACUGCCGUUGAAACUGCUGAAAAAUUAGUUCAACCUCAGAAUGAUAACACUUUCAACGACCCAUUUUCUAUUGUGAGUCAUGAAAUGUCGAAUUUGGCUAAGCUGAUUGCCAACUUGAUUGGGUCUGGUCAUCCUACGUUGAAUAGAGUGUCAUCGUAUUACUUCGAGGCGGAUGGAAAGAAUGUAAGGCCGUUAAUAGUGUUACUAUUAUCCAAGGCUUUACUGAAUAUCCCAAUAGAAGAAAGAAAUAGAAUAACUAUAGAUAGCAGCGACGUUACUACGCAACCUCAGUUCGCUGGGACUCCGUCUAAUGAUUCUAUCGCUGGAAAAUCAGUGGACGAAUCGAUCUCUCCAUUAACAAUAUUGCACGGAAUUAACCCCAAGGUUAUCUUGGAUCCAUUGUCAAAGCCGAUGGACGAGUUGCCUAAAUUUGAUGCGUUGAACGGUAUAUUGCCAAAACAACGACGUCUUGCCGAAAUUGUGGAAAUGAUUCAUACAGCAUCCUUGUUACAUGACGAUGUCAUUGACUUAUCUGACACGAGACGUGGUAGGCCGAGUGGCAACAUUGCAUUCAGUAAUAAAAUGGCUGUUUUAGCUGGUGAUUUCUUAUUAGGAAGAGCUUCUGUCGCUAUUGCGAGAUUGAGAAACCCGGAAGUCAUUGAAUUAUUAUCCACUACUAUAGCAAAUUUAGUCGAAGGUGAAUUCAUGCAGUUGAAGAACACUGUUAUGAGCAACGAAGGCCCUGAUUCAAUAACAAAUGAUGGUGAUAUUAAGAAUAUUCCAAAAGCAACCGGUAAAGUUCCAACCGUUGAACAUGAAUAUUCAGUUACAGCACCAGGAGAAGUGGACCAUAAUACAAAUGUAAGUGCUGCAUUUGAAUACUAUUUGCACAAAACAUAUUUAAAAACUGCUUCCUUGAUGUCUAAGCUGUCAAGAGCGGCCGGUGUUUUAAGUGGUUCGCAAGACAAUAUAAUCGAAAAUUGUUACGACUUUGGCCGUAAUUUAGGUUUAUGCUUCCAAAUUGUAGAUGAUAUGUUGGACUACACUUCCAGUGACACUAGUUUUGGUAAGCCAAGUCAAGCCGACUUGAAGUUGGGACUAGCAACUGCACCUAUAUUAUUUGCAUGGAAAGAAAGACCAGAAUUAGGUGAAUUAAUAGCAAGAAAAUUUGGCGAAGAAGGUGAUGUUGAAGUGGCAAGAAAGGCUGUUGAGGAAUGCGGUGGUUUAGAGAAAACAAGAGAAAUGGCUCAAGAUUAUUGUUAUAAGGCAUUGGAAAACUUGAGGGUUUUGCCUGAAUCGGACGCAAGAAGUGCCUUAGAAUUCUUAACAAACUCAGUUUUGACUAGAUCUAAAUAG